UAUUACACACCCACUUUACCUAAAGCAGAAAUUAAAGCCAGGAGGCGCCAUCCCUUGGCCCCUGAAAAGUACAAAACGAAGUUUGGGGACAGUUCAAGGGCGCUUAGGUUGACCAGUGGCAAUUUUUGUUUCCCGCCCCCCUGCGCACGCGAAUGCGCUUGCGCUGCCAUUGGCUCCCCCUGGGGGGUGAGUCCGGAACUUGCGAACCCUAGAACUUUCCACUCUGAGCUCCAAGUUGCGCUAGGCCCAUCCUUGCUGUGCGUUUCCUAGCGGCUCUCUUGUCUUGCUUGCAGCUUGCGUCCGGAGUAGCAGACAGCCAUGGCCCCGCGGGCCUGGCGCUGACAGACCCUGGAGGGUGUCUUACAGAGGUCGGCAAAGCCACCGGCUGGCACCAGUGCAUCCUCACAUUAAGUGCGCAGAUCCCGAGCUCGGGUGGGACUGGGGUCGCACGUGGACGCGAGCUGCAGACUCCUGGCAAAUUGUGGAGCUGAGGGAAGGAUUCAAGAUGGACUGGCAUCAAAGUUCACUUCUUUAACAAAAGUACUUUAUGACUUUAAUAAAAUAUUAGAGAAUAGUGGGAUCCGUGGAAGCCCUUUAUAAAAACUUGUGAUGGAAAGUUUUGAUGAUGAGCAGACUUUGCAACAACUGGAAUUGCAAAAUGAACCAAUUUUACAACGCUUCCAAAAUGCAGUUAGUGAAACAGAUGAAGAUAUCAGUCUUCACUCCCAGAGAGUGAAGAACAGGAGCGUGAAGAGGCUGGUUCAGAGACAGAGGCUGGUGGCCAGGAGGACCUAGAAGAUUUAGAGGAGAAAGAGGAAGUGUCAGAUAUGGGUGGUGAGAAUCCUGAAGUGGGUAAGAAAGCUAAAAACUCAAGCAAAUUUGAACUGAGGAAAAGCCCAGUUUUCAGUGAUGUGGAUUCUGAUCUUGACUUUGAUAUCAACAAAUUGGAACAGCAGAGCAAGGUGCAAAACAAAGGACAUGGAAAACCAAGAGAAAAGUCCACAGUAGACGAGAAAUUCUCCCAGCUCUCUGAAAUGGAGGCCUAUUUAGAAAACAGAAAAAGAAGAGGAACGAAAAGAUGAUAAUGAUGAUGAGGUGGAAGAUACUGAUUUUUUUUUUGACGAUAUUGAUUCUGAUGAAGAUGAAGGGGGACUGUUUGGAAGUAAAAAAACUUAAGGUAAAAGUUCCAGAAAUGUGAAGCACAAAGAUUUUUUUGGUCCAGUUGAAAGUGAUGAAGACAUAGCAAGUGAUCAUGACGAUAAGCUGGGUUCAAACAAGAUGAUGAAAUUGCUGAAGAAGAGGCAGAAGAACUAAGCAUUUCUGAAAUAUGAAUGACAAAAAUUACAUCUUUAGAAAAAGAGUUAUUAGAAAAAAGCCUUGUCAGCAUCGGGGGGAAGUGACAGCACGGAAGAGACCAGAGAAUAGCCUCUUGAAGGAGACCCUGCACUCUGACCAUGCUGUCCGAAUGGGUAUGCUGCCCUCUUCUGCAAAGUGUUCACUUCUGUGCUUUUUCUAUGGUUCCAUUUCAUGGAUAGAUUUGGGGUGGUGUUUCUUUUCCCUCAACUUUUUAUUUUAAAAGCUUACAAACACAGAAAAGUUGAUAAAAUCAUACAGUAAACAUCUGUAUGCUAUACACCUGGAUUCACUAGUUAACUUUUUGUCAUAUUUGUUUUCUCUCUUCCACAUAUGGAAGAUUGUAUAUUUGCCCUUUUUCCCCCGAAUCAUUUCAAAGUAAGUUGCCAGUAUGAUAGCAUUUCACUGUUAAGUACUUUUGCAGAUAUCUUCUAAGAACCAGGACAUUCUCCUAUAUAAUCACAAUACCAUUAAUCCACCCAAAAAGAUUAACAUCAAUAUACUAAUGAUACCUAAUGUAUAGAUUAUAAUCAGCUUUCUUGCAGUAAUCUAUUUAGAAGGCUUGCAUCCUGUCACUGUCCACUGAUUAAAUUUUGAAACCUUAACUUGAAAACCUGGUCAUCUCAUUGCCUUCUUUCUUAUACCCAUUAAGUCAAAAUGAGCUCUCAUUUUAUUUCAAUGGAAAAGAGAAUGGAAAAGAGGGGAAGGGUCCCUAGGUAUCUUGGGUAAAGUAUGAGCACUUACUACCAUAUGUAUGCUAGUUCUGUAGUUUUCAAACUUCAGGGAGCAUCUCAAGGCUUAUUAAAGCACAGAUAGCUGUCCCUCUUCCCCACUUUGUGAUUCAGGAGGUGUGGGGCUGGCCCAGCAAUUUGCAUGUCUAACAAGUUCCCUCAUGUGGCUGAUGCUGAGGGUCUAAGGACGACAAUGCGAGAAUCAGUGGUUUAGUGGAUAUCUACCUAAUGAAUACAUGUUGCAUCUGCUUUAGUGCCUGUAAUUACAGAGGAAACGCCUUUCAACUGGAAGCUAUCAUUAAACAGAGGAUAAGGGAUCAGUACAUCGAGGAGUUAACAAAGGAGAGGGACGCCCUGAGUUUGGAGCUGUACAGAAACACCAUAACCGAUGAGGAGCUGAAGGAGAAAAAUGCCGAACGGCAAGAAAAACUUCGACUUGUAGAAUCUGAAAAGUCUGAGAUCCAGCUCAACGUAAAGGAGCUAAAAAGGAAGCUGGAGAGGGCCAAGCUCCUGCUGCCACAGGGUUCAAACCAACACUUUCACUAUUCCAGCAGCAGCUACAGGCGGAUGCUGACUACCUGGGAACACCUGGAAGCUGCCAUCCAGCAGAACCAGCAGCUGCAGGCCCAGUUGAGCCUCAUGGCUCUCGCUGGGGAAGGAGAUGGACUGGACAGGGAGGAGGUGGAGGAGGAGGAGGCACCUGGGCCCAUGCCAAGCAUCUCAGAGGAACUGAAGAGCCAGGAGGCCAUGGUGGAGCUGGUGUUUCCGCUUGUGAGUGACCGUAACCAGGGGCAUGGCGGAUUGCAGGCAGCUGCCCAGAACCCUGCUGAUGAGUCCGCACCAGGGACCCCAGGCCCUCAGGAGCUUGGAGCUGCCGACAAGCAGGGUGCUCACAAAACAACAGAAUACAUCAUUUUAUACAUGGUAUCUCUUCUCAAAAACGUCCAACAUAGGCAAUUCUUCCUCCAACACUGCAACAGACUACUGUUCCUCUGGGUCACAACUGGCAACAGUAAAGUUCUUCAAGGAGACUCAGUCAAAAGCACCUAUUUCAUAAAGAAGCACUUUAAGAUUAACUUGAAAUGCUGCCUCUGUGCUGAUGCACCUCCAUGUGGACUGUCUGCGACUUGGCCACGCAGCGCAGUGCCUGCUUUAGGUUGCCCACGGCCUUCCCCAUGGUGCCACUGGAAGGAGUGGGGUCCUGGCCUGAACCUGGUCACCACCGCCUCAUGCCCCUGCCUCAAAUGUCCUUACUCACAUUUCUGAGGAAGCCCUACAUUUUCAAAGAUUAUUUAGUAAUUAGCCCUUUCCCUUUUAAAACUAGAAUCAAAAGUGAUGAAUAUAUUCAUAUCACUAUAUCACUGAUGGGAAUUAAGAAAAUUUUUAAAAAAUGAGGGCCUCUUGCCAACUAUAAAUGACACAAUAUUUUGUUUUAUCUGUCAUUUUAAACUCAUUUAUGGUUUUCCAGUAGACCUGAAAACAGACUGAAAUCUACUCUGAAUUACCUAGUAAUCAAGUGAUUGGCUACUCCAUUCAGUGAACUGACAAAAAAAUCUGUUAGGAAAUACAUUUAAAACAAGUAAGGAAAUCUAUUUACUAUAAAACAGGAAUAGCAGGCUAUUGGGUUUAGCAGUCAGAAAUCAUACACAACAACGAAUGGAGACAACUGUUCAUGACAUAGCAUUACUGAGAAGAACUCAAGUUGACAGGAUGAGCUAUGUCUCUGGGCUUUGAAGACAAUGAAAUGCAUCCCAGAACAAUUCUUUAGUUGAGUUGCAUCAACACCUCUGCUUAGUAGUCUUCUGUGAAGAUGGCCCUGGGAGAUCUUUUCUAGAAAAUUCUUUAAAAUGUCUUGAGUGGGGGCUUCAUUCCUUGCAAAAUUAUUCAGGUAAAUAAACCCUCUAGUGCAAUUCCUCUAAGAUGGACUGAAAAUAUAGGUUAGUUCUGUUUAACAAAAGCAAUCCUUUAUCUUCCACCACCUCCUAAUCAUAAAUCUAUCACUAAACUCUACCUAUUUUCUUAAAACUCCGUGUAUACCUUUAUUUUCUUUAGAUCUCAUUUUAAUAGCAGGAUUAAAGAACAGAGGAUCUUUAAGCUAGUUUAUUUACAAUUCUAACAAAUUACUGACAAGUUGAAUUAGAGAGUAUUGAAAUUUCACAUAAGAGACAAAUUGGAAAUUUCUGAAUUUUAGUGAUUUUUGCUUCUUUGACUGAAACAAGGAAAAAAAAGAAAUUUUAUACAUACCUUCUUUGGAAGGAAGACGACAAACCCUCCGACACAUAGACAUGAAUGCAUACAAAUAUUUUUCCAAACUAUCAUCAGUUUUCUUAUGUAGCCUAGCCAUAGCUCUAAAUUUUGUCCAAUCAAAAUGGCCUCUGUCAGGGUCAAAAACGACUCCAAAUGUAGAUACAACCCUAUAAAAGUCAGCUUCUUCUCUUCUUGUCCAUCUGUUUUGAGUCAGAUUAAAACAAAAACCACACUGGUCACUAAAAUUAAUAUUAAUACUAAAUAUAAUUACUAUAAUACAAACUUAAAACAUUUCAAGUACUUAACACUAUAGGAUUAAAUACAAGAUUGCUGCCUUGUAAAACAUUUUAAAAUGCUAGUUAACUCAUCUAUCCAACCAUACUUUUUUAAAAAAAUUUACUUUUAAUGGGCCGAGUGUAGUGGCUCACGCUUGUAAUCCCAGCACUUUGGGAGGCUGA